AUGACCGGGGUAGUCAAACUGAGCGGCUGCGGACACGUUUUCUGCCGUAAAGACCUUGCCGAAUGGAUUGAAUCACACCACGGCAGCUGCCCUACAUGUCGGCAAAUUUUCUUCCCGUUCACACCUAUCGAUGAGACAGAUUACGAGUCUUCAGACGGCGGAGAGUAUGUCCCAGAUGAGGAUGAGGAAGACGAUAUGUUCACCGAUGAUGGCGAGAUUGAGCUGGUUGCUACCAGCGACAUCGAUUAUGACACAGACUUGGAUGAUAUACAUCCGGACGAAGAAGGACCGGAUAUGGAAGGACUAGGUUAUGCUCCCCUUGCGCGGGUGCUUGCUGCUGCAAACGCAGAGGCCGAAGCCAAUGCACGCCGCCGCGAGCGAGCUGCCCGCGUGUAUAUUCCACACGACACUUCCGAGUUCCGGGUAUCUGCGCAUGGAGAUGAUGGCAAUGAAGUUGCAGACGACGAGUUCGUGAACGAUGUUCUCGACUUUGACGCGCCUGGUGCACUCUCUUUUGGCUCGGACUCACCGUCGUCUGAAGGUACGUCCGUCGGCAACGAAGUUCGGCCUGAGCACUUGACUACGAAUGUCGAAUUGGCAUCUAUGCAUGACGGCUUUGAAGGAGUACCAAAUCACCAUCCGGUCAAGAAUCCGGACCAUCCAAUGGCGCAUCCAAAAUCACACAUGCAAUAUCUGCGAUGA